AUGAGCUAUAACGAGAAAGAACCAUUAAUUGAACCAAUGAAGCAACUCCUGAUUGAGCCAGCUUCUGGUUUUGGGGCGUCGUCACUACUUCAAAGUUUAAUGGCCUGUUUCCCUGGACUGAUAAGCCUAAGUGAAAGUGAAGACGACAACGAAUCUGAGACUGACAGUGACAAUGAGCAAGAAGAGAUCAUUAGACGCCGUCAGAAUGCCAACAAUGUAAUUGAUAUUCAGAACAAGCAUUUCAUUGGCGAACUGGAACUGAAACUCUCCGCCUUAAGACAACUUAUGAAGAAGUACAAUAUUGGAGUUUACAUCAUUGGCUCAGAAGACGAACACCAAUCGGAAUACACUGCUAUUUCCGAUAAAAGACGACAAUAUAUCUCCGGGUUCACGGGGAGUGCUGGAAUCGCUGUAGUCACCUUGGAAGAUUCAGCCAAAUUAGAAGGUGAUGCCAUACUUUCAACCGAUGGACGAUACUUUAUUCAAGCUGGCAAGGAGCUUGAUCCAAAGCAUUGGAAAUUGUUGAAACAAGGAGUUAAGGGGUAUCCUUCCUGGACGGAAUACGCCAUUAGUAAAGCCAAAAGUAAUCCAUUUUCCAAAGUGAUAUCAACAGAUCCUCGGUUAAUUAGUGUUAGCAUUGGACAGUACUUUGAGAAAGCUGAACAGGUAUCGUUUAGACCACUUGAGAUCAAUUUGGUAGAUGAAAUAUGGGGCUCAAACAAACCACAACGGUCCCAACUGCCCUUAUAUGAGUUACCAUUGGCUUAUUCGGGUGAAAGCAGUAACCACAAGUUGACUCAAGUCCGUUCAGUAAUGUCUAAAUAUCAUGGAGAUUAUUUGGUCAUUAGUUCAUUGGAUGAAACUGCUUGGUUGUUCAAUUUAAGAUGUGAUGAUGCCGUUCCCUUCAAUGCUGUCUUCUUUUCCUAUGCCAUUGUUUCCCAAGACGAAGUUGUAUUGUAUGUUGAUCUAAAGCAAAUCAGUUCCACCACAGAUGAAUAUUUGCAAACCGUCAAAGGCUUGAAGUUGAAACCUUAUCAAGACUUUUAUAAGGAUUUGAGUCAGUUAAAGGCUUCUAACAAAAUCAUACUACCAUCAAUGGACAAGACUAACUUUGCCUUAUAUUCAGCUGUUGCUGUAAAGAAAGAUCAGAUCGUAUUCCUGUCAGUUGUUUCCAACAUAAAAAUUGUUAAGAAUCCAGUUGAACUUGCUAAUGCUCAAAUUGCUCAAGAUAGAGACUCUUAUGCGUUUAUCUUGUUCACAGCAUGGUUGGAACGUCAACUAAAGAAGAAUAAAACCCUUACCGAAUGGGAUGCAGCAUUGAAGAUCUAUGAUAUUAGAACCAAGUUACCUCAUUUCAAAGGCUUAUCAUAUGAAACUAUUGCUUCUAGUGGUAUCAAUUCAGCGUUGCCUCAUUAUGGACCAACAGCUAAAGACCAUAUUGAUAUCGACCCUAAAACAAUCUUCUUGGUUGAUUCCGGGGCCCACUAUUUAGAAGGAACCACAGAUAUAACCAGAACAUACAAAUUUGGUGAUGAAGGUUUAACAAAUGACAUGAUAAAAUAUUAUACCUUGGUGUUAAAAGGUCAUAUUGCUUUAGCCUUAAGUCAAUUUCCCGAAAAGUCCCCCAACACCGGCAUAAUCUUAGAUGGUUAUGCCAGACAAUUUCUUUGGAUGGAAGGUUUGGAUUUCAAUCAUGGAACAGGUCAUGGAGUGGGCAGUUUUGGUGAUGUCCAUGAAGGACCCGUUUAUAUUCCUGCCAGCCCUACAAUUUUUAAUGAAGUCGAUGUCUAUCAGGAAGGUGUGGUGUUGACUGACGAGCCAGGGUAUUAUUUGGAAGGACAAUAUGGAUUUAGAAUUGAAAGUGAUUUGGCCAUAGUGAAAGGUAAUGGGUCCAAUAGAAACGGUACAAAGUUCUUAAAGUUCUCUUACAUGACCAAGGUUCCCUUCUGCAAGAAAUUAAUUGAUAAAGCUUGGCUAUCUCCGAGAGAAAUUGAGUGGAUUAAUAGUUACCAUUUGAAAGUCCGGGAUGAAUAUGCUGGCCAGUUAUUGAAAGAAGGUCACAUCACUGCUUAUACUUGGUUGCUCAAGGAAACUAGCCCUCUUUAA